CGUCUACACACUAUCGGUCAUCGUGAUUUUCGUCAACGGCCGAGCCGUCGCUGUACGUCUUCGGAAGAAUAUGUGUGUAUGAAUGAAGCAUUCCACCUCGUCCGCAGGCAUCCAUGGUUUUGGCAAUUUGAAACUUCAAUUUCAUCCAUCAAUACAGCAUCUGCAUCCGUGGUUUUUUUUGCUCCUGCACAGGUGGGUGGCACUGGCAGAAUAAGUAAGUAGAAGAAGAAGCAGAAGCUAAAAUCCUCGGUUCUGAGACAACCUUUACGUAGAAAUUAUCGGUUUUUCUGUUUAUCAUCAUCUCAAAUUUCAUGUACAUAAUCGGUUUGGACAAGGGAACGAAUUUCCACACAUAUUUAUUGUAUUUCGGUUGAGUUGCACACAUAUUCAUGUAUCUCUAUCUUCGUACGUAAGUAAGGCUAAUAACACUAAGGUUUGAAGAACGUCAUCGGUUUCAUUAGUAGUCUUACAAAGCCAUAUUUCAAAAGAAUCACCACCAUGGCAGAAGAGCAGCGGGAAGUUCCGCUCGCCGAUGUUGUUGCGGGAGACAACAACUUGAACAACCAACAACCUGCGCAGGAUAUAAUAAUUCUUCAACAUCCGGAUAACUACAUCAACCAUAACGAACGCGACGCAGCCCGUCAACAUCGUUCCUAUUUGGUGCACACAACACUAGACUCUAUUCAGUUUUUAGCACGAAGAUUGUCAACUCUCAGCAGCAGUUUCGUCUCUUACGUAUCAUCUCUUUCUCAACAGGAAAGUCGUGUACUUCUUCUGCACCUCCUCCACCAAUUGCUUGAUCUUGUCCCUCCGCGACCGGUUUUCUCGUCUCGCCACACCGUCCGGGUUUUUUUCCGAGUCCUGCACGUCCUCGCGAGUCUCCGGGUCUUCUGCUUCAUUUUCGGGCAGAUUACCUUUGUCCAGCGGAUCGAUCCGAAGUACGAUUUCUGGGCCACGUUUGCAGAUUUUUCAAGAACAGUUGCUGAAGACCCUAGUAUAACUACGUCGACUACGCAACUACUGCGAGGCAGAACUUCUACGAAGAAGAAGGAAAAAGAAGCAACAAGAACCACCAGCCGUCGACACCAACCUUUUCUGAAAGUCGGCGAUAAAGCCUUCUACAGCUUGGAAGAGUACGAGUCGUUUGUUCUUUUUCGGGAACGAGAAGAAGCUGAAGCAGCGGCGCGGGAAAAUAGUUCGAGCAGUUUGGCCACCACCGAGGACGAAGAAGAGGUUCUUGCCGCAGUUCCCCUGUGGACUUCCAGUACUGGCGAACCACACGGACAAGCUCCCACAACUGGUCGUGCAACGAAGAAGCAAGCGAAAGCAGCUUCUCACGGACGUCUCAACAACGUGAGGAAUAAAGCUCGCACACAGCAUCAGACCGACGCGGCCCAGCAAGAACAGCAGUCCACCUCCCAACUGGUUUCGACAUCGCGGAAGCAGAGGUCGAAGAAGAAGACUGAGUUGUAA